GUUAUAUUGUUAUAUUAUCAGGUCGUGACAUCAUGUUACAUUAUAUUAUGCUGCCGGUCCUGGGAAAAGAGCAGGAUAUAAACAAACAAACAAACAAAUUGUUAUAUUAUUGCCAUUUUAUUAUUUAGUGGCAUUAUGUUACAAUUGUAUUACAUUGCGUUAUGCUUAUAUUGUAUGUUAUUAUUAUUUAGUUACAUUAUGUUACAAUUAUGAUACCUUGCAUUAUGAUUACAUUGUACUGUUAUGUUAUUAUUUAGCGACAUUACGUUACAAUGAUAUUCCAUUGUAUUAUGCUUAUAUUGUCUCAUUGUAUUAUUGUUAUUCAGUGGCAUUGUGUUACCACUCUGUUGCAUUGCCUGAUGAUGACAUUGUGUCCUCCUCUUCCUCCUCUCCAUUGAUUUUACAUAAGAGCCUCCCCGCCCUCCCCUUUAUGCAAAUUGCGCCUGGGCCCUCGUCCAAUCAGAGGCCGCGCAUCCCCUCUUGAAUGACACGUUCGAGGCCAUGGUCACGUGGGGGGCCCCCUCCUCAGCGUUCCAAAGUGGGUGGGUCCCUUUUCAUUCAUAAAUCCUCUGCUCCCCUUUUCAAUCAAAAUUAAGGUGCUGAGAAAGACAGAGAGACAGAGGCUGAGAAAGGGGGGACUUCCCUGCCUUUGGGCCCCUGCAAAAGAGCCAUCCCUGGACCUACCUCCAAGGCUUGCUGAUGGGAGGACAUCCAUGCCACCUGGGCCAGCGGUUCCAUUUGGUGGCGGACCAUGAGCAAUGAUUUGAGCGCAUGGGAGAACACGACCAGCGAGGGGGUGACGACAGUACCUAGUGAGGUGAAUGGCCAGGAUGGGUAUGUGUUACUCUUGGUGCUUCUUUCCAUCUUCAUUGGAGGAACCCUCGUGCUUAUCUUUGGUGUCCUGAUCAUUUGUCGGCGCUGCUGUGAGACGGACCGCCGUCACUCCAGAGCAAAUGAUGACCCAGAGAAAACAAACACCACCUACCUGGACGACUCACAGCCGGCUCAAGAGAUCACCAUCAAGGUGGAUGAUCCCGAUGACAUGUCCAGCUCCAGUUACCGAGAUGCGGAGAGUGAGCGGUUUCUGUCCUCUGGCAGUGCCACAGGGAGGAGGGUCUCUUUCAAUGAGGCGGCGCUCUUUGAGCAGAGCAAGAAGACGCAGGAGAAAGGCAGGAGGUACACUCUGACGGAAGGAGAUUUCCACCACCUGAAAAAUGCCCGCCUGAGCCACCUUCCGCUUCCCCCCUCCGCCGCCCUCAAAAUUGUGACCAUCCACGAGUGCGAAUCCAACGAGAACAGCCUUGCCAUGACACCCCGGCGUCCUCCUGCCAAACCCAGCCUUGCCAUCUUCCAGCCCACAGGGACCACCUUGCCCCAGACGGCACUAACCAGCCAUGGGAUGUGUCCCAGCUCUGCGUUGCCCGGGGACACCUUUAAUUCUACGGUGGAAGCCAGUUCUUCUGUUUCCUCAGAUUCUGGCGAGGGGAGCUCGUCUGACGGUGCGGCCAGGAGUCCGAAGGGAGCAGGAGCUGGGAGUGCAAUUGCCGGGGAAGCCACGCCACCACAAGCCCAGGGUGCCGUCCUCCAUUUCUUCACCCGCUUGCGACGCCACGCCAGUCUGGAAGGGGCAAGCCCUUACUUCAAGAUCAAGAAGUGGAAACUGGAAACCAGCCAGCGGGCCGCCAGCCUGGAUACACGAGGGUCACCAAAACGGCACCAGUUCCAACGGCAGAGGGCUGCCAGCGAGAGCAUGGACCAAGAAGACCGGGAUGCGCACCAGACAGACAUCAUCCAGUACAUUGCUCGGACAGGCGACGUGGUGUUUCGUCCCACAGCAGGACCUCUCCUCCCAGCUCCUGCCAGCCCCACAUUAUCUCUCGGCAGGGUAGAGCCUCCCGAGAGGACCCCCUCUCCCCCAGCUGAGCCCCCCGCUUUGGAACAGCCACCCACCCCCCUUUAUCAUGACAUUUGGAGCUUACGAGCCUCGCUUGAGAUGUAUGCCUCGGCGGAUCAAGGUAAUGACCGGGAGUCCGUCCGCAGCGAUGGUGGGGACAGCCUCUCUUCCAGCGGCGGACUUCCCAGCUUCCCUUCUUCCCUGGCGGAUGAAGUUGAAGGUGGAGAAGACAAACCGUGGGGGAAACCCAAACAGGACAGUGUUGAAUCGGAAUCCGGCACCCGCAAGCUGUUGCAGAUGGAUAGUGGCUAUGCCUCCAUUGAGGCUCCUAGCGGGCGUGUGGGUGAGGACCAGACGGCAUCGGAGAAACGGUUUUGCUUCACCAGCGCAGGACGCAAGGCUACCAUCUUUGAGAGCUUUGAAGGGAAAGAGCCAGAGGAGGAAGAGGAGGAAGGUGGUGCGGUGGGUGGGUUGCCUCCUCACAGUCCACUGGUUUGGGCCCCCUAUGGGCAGCUCUUCCCUACCCGGGAGACGUUGCCCCGCCGGGACUAUAGCAUCGAUGAAAAGACAGAUGCCCUCUUCAACGCCUUUGUCCGUCAUGAUCCUCAGUUUGACGAGUCUCCCCUGCGAGCCAAGCACCGGUCCCGGACACACCUGCGGAAGCAGUGGCAGCGAACAAAACAGUACAGUGACCCUGGAGUCCGCUAUCCCCCAGCGCUUGAGAGGCACCGGACCCCCUUGAGGCGGGGUGACAGUGUCAACUACCCUCUGGAAGGCCGCUAUCACAGCACCCUGCCUCGGAUUGUUAGCGCCGGGGAUGAGGAGGUCACGCUACCAGCAGCAGAAAGUGGGGACAAAAUCCAGGUUAUCGAGGAGGAACCACCAGAGGAAGCCAAAGUGGUGCCCAACCCUUAUGGCGAUGAAUGCCUCGAGGAUGGCCAAUGCCCACGUCUUGGCGACCUUGGCACUGAACUGAUGGACAAGAUCACGGGAGGGCUGGAGGAAAGGUUCUACAUGCACUUGAAAAAACCGAGAGAGAGUCCAGAGCGGGUGAUGGUAGCAGUGGCAGAUGCUUCCCCUGACCACAGUCCAGAGUAGUGGGCGCAGGGAACCUGUUCAACCCAUCUCCCUGUCUCUCUCCCACGUGCUGGUGGGUCUCAAUGGGACUUGUCAGCCAACCGGGGAACCUCAGGUGCUCCGAGGGUGCUCUGGGCUCUCUUGGAGGAACCUAAGUGGUGCUCUCAAACAGGUGCCAAGUGGAAGGCCCUAGGUAGCCAUAUCCUACCCGGAAGCAAUCUCCACCAUACAGGGUCCAGGUCAGAAGGUCCUUCCCUGUGGAGAGCCAGAUGAUGGGAGUCCAGCAAGGAUGAAGGGAAGCCCUCACUGGGCCACGUCCCCCUGGACUCCUCCGGUGAACCUCAGGGCUUACCUUCCACCUGUACAGGCUGAAGGAGGGGAAGGAGCACCGUUUCAGCACCCAAGGGGAGGGAGGUCCUGAACCAAGUCGGGGCUUCUCUCCCCCUGCCUGCCCAUACACCUGCCGAAGCAAGCUUGCCAAAGCAAUGCAGGCACAUAUCUUGCACAGUCAGAUAGCUGGCAGUUUUUGGAAGGAACUUUCUUCUGAAAGGAUGAGCGCCCAAAAUCUCACUGAGGCCUGACGUUUUACCUCAUGACGUUUAAAGAGCUGGUUGUAGCAAAUAUUAACGACUCCUUCAUCUUUGUGCACUCUCUCGCUCUCUCUCUGGUUUUUACAAGCAAUAACCAUGACCUUUCCUCCUCCCUGCUCACUAUCUGUUCUCAAGUGUCCUCGUGGCGGGAGGCAGUGGUACCUUGCCUUCCAGAUGGGACAAAAGACCACCACAAAACCCCAUGCCUCAUCAGAGGGUUUCAUGCCUCUGUUUCAACUGACCAUGGGUUACUGUAUCUGCUUUGGUUGGUUUCUUUAUUGGAUAGAUGAUGCUUGAAACAGGAUGCCCCAUCUUUCAUCUCCCUUUCCUCCUGUCCCUUUAAGACUCAGUCCAAUCUCAAUGGCCGUGUCCCUGUUUCUUUCUACACUCCCCUAAUUUCAGGUUCGGUAGUUCAGCUCUGAACCGUUUGCUGAUGGGAGACCUGGCCUACAGGUAGGGCUAUGCAUUACGGGUGAGAAGAGGAGACGAGACAAAUCUGCUCAACAUCUCAAGUUUCUGGUUCUCAUGAGGUCAAGUUUCUAUUUCAUAUGGGUUGUAAAAGGGCAGUUUGUCCAGUUAGCUCUUUAUGCAUGAGAAAGGAGAGUGUAAGGAUUUCUUAUUCGGGGAAAGGCAAGCUGAUCAAAACAGUGAAAGUGGACCGUUCAACUCCAAAUGCAUGUCUUUCCUUAUUCGGCGAUGCCUCCCCCUCAAUACAAGCAAGGCAGGUGCGUGAUUUUAAUGUAUUUUUAAAAUAUUUAUUUGUGUUUCUUUUUUUAAAAAACAGAAAGCAAUGUAUUCUGUUGCACCUUUGAAAGCUGAGCUUGGUGGUGGGGUUAUUUUAUGUUAUUGUUUUAAUUUAAUUGGGCUGAAGGUAGGGCUGUUUGUGGGUCAUGAAUAGACGUGUGGAGCCAGAGGUAGCCAUCCAUCCCUGGAGCACGGGGUGGAAACAGCUGCGAAUGUGCCAACACCUUUGGUUGCAUACUCUUGUUGUUUUAUGCUUGAAAUAUUUGCAUGCAAAUGCAGAAUGCAUUCAGUUGGGGUUUUUAUGAAGGGUAUAAUAUUAGGGUGUGAGUCCACCUGAGGUUUUGGGGGGUGAUAAAUAUCUAGAGCUGUCCUUCAAGUGUUGAAGGGGUGGAGAGCACAAGAAAUAACGUUCCAAAAAUUUAAAUCUACAGCAAAAGGACGACAGAAAUUUUGGCAUAGAUAUCUGUUCUCAUUUCUCGUGCUAUUCUGUUGUGUCCCUCUCCUAACACCCCCUUUUUGUUAAAGCAAGGCCUCAGCUGGGGAAGAGUAAAGCCUGUCAUGGCUGUACGUUGGCCACUGACCAAAACCAACCCUACAAAUCUUUUGGGGAAAAAAUAACUUUAUUAAAAACGAUGUG